AUGGAGCUUGACCACACACUGAGCCAUGGAAGCGAAGAGGAAGAGACUGGUUAUGGGAAAGUAACGCUGCGGCGCGGUAUUCCUACCAACGCCAACAAAGUAUACCUUGCGAUGCAGCCCAUGUCAACUCAGCACACAUCACCUCCAAAACCGCUUACGACGAGUUGGUACCGCUGCUUUAUUGAAAGACACCCGAUCCUGGCUCCACGAGUUGCUCAGCAGAUUGCUCGCGUCCGCAACCGUGUUGAACCGGAGGCAGCACGUGGUCUAUUCUGCGUGAUGGCGCGUCUUGUUAUCGAGCACAAACUCGACAAGAGUCGCGUCUAUAAUAUGGACAAGGCAUCUUUUAUGCCGAAGUCAUCGUCUCGGAAAGUGGUUGCCCUGAAAGGAUCGUCUAGCGUGUGGACCCAAGAGCCGAAAGCACAAGUGAAGAAAUUGGAAUGA